CUGACGGAAGAGGCAGCUGGACUGAGAGCUUGCUUGUCCAGUCUCUGAGUCCCAUCUAUUCCCAGAGCUUCUUCCUUCCCUCCCCAGCCUCACCUCUGAGCACCCCCAGGGAAUCCUCCAAAGAAAGUGCUGAGUGUUUUCUAGAGCCCCGGAGUGUGUGCCCAAGGUGGGGCUGGCCAUACUUCCUGUGGCUUUCUCUUGGCACUGGCCUGUCUGUUGCGCACUGGUUCACCUCUCUGAGCAGUGGCCAUAGCAGAGGGUGUAGGCAGGGAGACCUGUCCAGGGUGGGGUGAAGACAGAGGGACAGACUUCGGGAGCGGAAUGGCAGGGCCCCCCUAGGACAAGGUGACAUCCUUCCCCUUCUGCCCUGCUCUACAUCCUCAGCAGGGAGUGGCAUUUCUCUACUCCAUGGACUUCCAAGAGAGGGACUCUCCCUCCCUGGCCGAGAGUGCUCAGUCCUCGAAGCCCAGCGGUGCCCAGCAGGCCUCUGAGCUGUGGGAGGUAGUGGAGGAGCCUCGGGGCAGGCUGGCGGCAGAGGGUAUCAUACCUGAGAGGCAGGAAGGCCACCUGCUCAAGAAGAGGAAGUGGCCUCUGAAGGGCUGGCACAAGAGAUACUUUGUGCUCGAGGACGGGAUCCUUCACUAUGCGACCACUCGGCAAGAUAUCACCAAGGGGAAGCUCCAUGGCUCCAUUGAUGUCCGGCUGUCAGUCAUGUCCAUCAACAAAAAGGCCCAGCGCAUCGACCUUGACACUGAAGACAACAUCUACCACCUCAAGAUCAAGUCCCAGGACCUGUUCCACAGCUGGGUGGCCCAGCUGCGUGCCCACCGCAUGGCCCAGCGCCUGGACGUGCCCCGCAGCCUGCUGCCUGGCGCCGCGCACCGGAAGGUUCCUGGUGCCCAGCUUCCAACAGUGGGCAGCACCUCAGCCCUGCCUGGGGUUGGACCUCGGGAGAAGGUGUCUUCCUGGCUGAGGGACAGUGAUGGCCUAGACCGCUGCUCUCACGAGCUCUCUGAGUGUCAGGGGAAGCUCCAAGAACUACACAGACUCCUGCAGAGCCUGGAAUCCCUGCACCGAAUCCCCUCUGCCCCUGUUAUCCCCACACACCAGGCCUCAGUGACAACCGAAAGGCCCAAGAAGGGGAAACGGACCAGCCGCAUGUGGUGCACACAGAGCUUUGCCAAGGACGACAGCAUUGGACGGGUGGGUCGUCUCCACGGCUCUGUGCCCAACCUGUCUCGCUAUCUGGAGUCUCGGGACUCCUCGGGCCCUCGUGGGCUGCCACCCACAGACUAUGCCCACCUGCAGCGCAGUUUCUGGGCCCUGGCGCAGAAGGUGCAUAGCUCCCUCAGCAGCGUCCUGGCCGCCCUCACCACUGAGCGGGACCGACUGCGGGACCUGCACCAGGGUUCAGAGCUAUCAAGGAUGGGGGUCUCCGAGGCCCCGGCUGGCCAGAGGCGCCUCCACUCGCUGUCCAUCUCCUCAGACACCACUGCGGACUCCUUCAGCUCCCUCAACCCCGAGGAGCAGGAAGCUCUGUACAUGAAGGGGCGAGAGCUGACCCCCCAGCUGUCCCAGAGCAGCAUCCUGUCCCUUGCCGAUUCCCACACAGAGUUCUUCGAUGCCUGUGAGGUUCUCCUCUCUGCCAGCUCUUCUGAGAACGAGCUGGGCAGAUUCUUGCCAGGCCCUGGGCACUGCCCAGCUGCCCGGGGGAGGCCCAGUCUGCCCGGCCUGUCAUCUGUCCCGGCCCAGGGCUCAGAGGAGGAGGAGUCGUGCACCAGUGAAGUCACCACCAGCCUGUCUGAGGAGGUGCUGGACCUCAGGGGAGCUGAGCGCUGUCAGAAAGGGGGGUAUGUUCCAGGGAGAGCUGCAGGGCCACCCCGCCGCCGCUGCCUGCCGGCAGCCAGCGGACCCGGGGCGGACGUGAGCCUGUGGAACAUACUGCGCAACAACAUCGGCAAAGACCUGUCCAAGGUGUCGAUGCCUGUGCAGCUCAACGAGCCGCUCAACACACUGCAGCGGCUCUGCGAGGAGCUCGAGUACAGCAGCCUCCUGGACCAGGCCAGCCGCAUCGCGGACCCCUGCGAGCGCAUGGUGUACAUCGCGGCCUUUGCCGUCUCUGCCUAUUCCUCCACGUACCACCGAGCCGGCUGCAAGCCCUUCAACCCCGUCCUGGGGGAGACCUACGAGUGUGAGCGGCCUGACCGAGGCUUCCGCUUCAUCAGUGAGCAGGUCUCCCACCACCCCCCCAUCUCAGCGUGCCAUGCGGAGUCUGAGAAUUUCACUUUCUGGCAAGACAUGAAGUGGAAGAACAAGUUCUGGGGCAAAUCCCUGGAGAUUGUGCCUGUGGGGACAGUCAAUGUCAGCCUGCCCAGGUUUGGGGACCACUUUGAGUGGAACAAGGUGACGUCCUGCAUUCACAACAUCCUGAGUGGCCAGCGCUGGAUUGAGCACUAUGGGGAGGUCCUCAUCCGAAACACACAGGACAGCUCCUGCCACUGCAAGAUCACCUUCUGCAAGGCCAAGUACUGGAGCUCCAGCAUCCAUGAGGUGCAGGGUGCUGUGUUUAGCCGGAGUGGCCGCGUCCUCCACCGCCUCUUCGGGAAGUGGCACGAGGGGCUGUACCGGGGACCUGCGCCAGGCGGUCAGUGCAUCUGGAAACCCAACUCGAUGCCCCCAGACCACGAGCGAAACUUCGGCUUCACUCAGUUCGCCUUGGAGCUGAAUGAGCUGACGGCAGAGCUGAAACGGUCACUGCCUUCCACCGACACGAGGCUCCGGCCAGACCAGAGGUAUCUGGAGGAGGGGAACGUACAAGCCGCUGAGGCCCAGAAGAGAAGGAUCGAGCAGCUACAGCGAGACAGGCGCAAAGUGAUGGAGGAGAACAACAUCGUCCACCAGGCCCGCUUCUUCAGGCGGCAGACGGACAGCAGCGGGAAGGAGUGGUGGGUGACCAACAACACCUACUGGAGGCUGCGGGCUGAGCCCGGCUACGGGAACCUGGAUGGGGCCGUGCUCUGGUAGCCCUGGCUCCGGGGGCGGAGGCUCUGCUUCCUCAGUCCUCCUGCCUCCUCCCCCACUGUGGACACAUGGGUGAGGCCAGGCUCCCUGCUCACUGCCCUUGAGACCAAAGGGGCAGCCCUGGCUCUGGCCCUCUCUCCCCUCUGCUGGCCAGAGGGGUUGCGCCCCCCCAUGCCCACCCCAUGGUUUGGGGUGAGAAGCAGUAUCUGUGCUUCCCCAGUCUUGUCGCCCCUGACAACCAGCAUGUAAGACCCUUCUCGCUCUGUCAUUCCUCUUCCUGUCCCCCUUGGGGUGCUUAGGGGAGACUCCGGACUCCCAGGAUCUGUUCCCCAUUUCAGUGCCUUCUUAGGACACAGGGGACCCCUUGAGGCUCCCAGGCUUUCUGUGCCCAGGGCUCUGUCCCUGGCCGUGAGAUUCCAGCGAGUGGGAAGAGGAGAUGGCCUUUCCUUCCACCCCGCCCCACACCCCAUCUCCAGUGUGUUCUCUGCCUUGCCCUGGCCCAGCAGGGCUUUCUCCAGCCCCCUGCAGUUGGUCCCUGGGCAUCCUUCCCAUCCUCCAAACUGCAAAAUGCUUGCAGCUUCCAGCUCCUUUGUCCCUGAUCCUCAAGUGGUUCCCUUCAGUCUCAGCAGAUUCCCCAGAGGGGACAAAGCCCCUCCAAGAGGAGGGGAGCAGCCUGAGGUGCCUGGCCUCUGACCCACGGGCAGUGAGUGUGUGAGUGUCUGGGUGUCUCAGGUUGUGUAGGAGAGCGUGUGCGUGUGCGUGAGUGCGCGUGUGCGUGAGUGCCCGUGUCCUGCUUGCGGGCGAGCAGGGUUCCUUCAUGUAGCCCGGACGUCCCCCUGCGGGGUGUCCGCCAGCACUGCUGCUCACUUUCCCAGUCUGCCUCUGAGGAAGGUGGAUUGCUCUGACAUUCCAAGCUCCAAUAAAGACUGUCCCAGAAUUUGGCCUGUGACCAUUCACUGAAAAACACGUGUGCUUUAGCACAGUACCUGUGAAUGGGACCUUAUUUGAAAAUAGGGUCUUUGCAGAUAUGCCAGGUUUAAAUGAGGUCAUCUUGGAUUAGAGUGGCUCUACUCUAGUGACUGGUGUCCUUAUAAGCAGAGGGAAAUUUGGGCACGCAGACGCAUACAAGGGAAGAUGACUGUGUGAAACACACACGGGAGUGGGCCACGUGGAGACGUAGGCAGAGACUAGAGCGAUGCAACUACUAGCUGAGGAUGCCAAGGAUUGCUGGCAGCCACCCGAAGCCACCCGAGGCUCACUCAGCCUCCAAGAAGGAGCCAAGCCUGCUAAUGACUUGAUUUCAGACGUCCAGCCUCGGCUGUGAGAGAAUAAAUUCCUGUUGUUUUAAGCCGCCA